ACCACCAAAACGUAGAACUACAACCUCAAAACUCCACAAAACAGUAUUUUUUGGUUAUGGUGUUGGGUAAGCGAAUUAGCGAAGAAGCAUAAGAGCGUCGAUGGAUAGUCUCAAGUUCGCAUCUUUGACGCUGCCUCCUUGUUCUCGACGCUCUGGGAUGCUAGGAAAGAGGUUGAAUUCCCCUUUACUUAUUAUUGAUUCUUCAGCACAGUUUUGCUAUUGCAAGACUGAUCUUGCUGCCGCAUCAUCAAGUAUUCCACUGCCAAAUAUGAGAUUUUCUUGUAGAUUUUCACCAAGUGUAGCAGCAGAAACAUGGACCUCGAAUCUUUCUUCCAAACAAUGGAUAUUGCACUCAACUGCACAGAUAGAAAAUAUAAUCACAAGUAAUGAGGAUCAAAGCAUGUGGGAAGCAUGUAAACAAGCUCUUUCUGCAUUUAACUUUAGUGAUGAAGAAAAGGACAAGAUACUUGGAAAAGCAUUUGGUCUUAUUCAUUCCCCUUACUGGGGAGAAGAACGUAGUAAGGAAGUUCCGAAAUUAAAGACAGUAAAUGGAGUAUUAGACUAUCUGAGGAGUUUAAAUCUUUCUGACGAUGAUCUGUCCAUUUUGCUUAAAAAGUUUCCAGAAGUUCUUGGAUGUAAUUUAGAGGAAGAGUUGAAAGGCAAUGUAAAGAUCCUGGAGGAGCAGUGGAGUAUUAAGGGAAAUUCUCUUAGGAAACUUCUCCUUAGAAAUCCAAAAGUUUUGGGUUAUAAUGUUGAUUGUAAGGGAGACUGUAUUGCACAAUGCACUAGAUGCUGGGCUCGCUUCUAGGUGAUUGGAUGAGAGAUGUAUCUUUUUGCAACAUUAGUUGACUGCUGCAUAAUUGCUUUGUUCAUUCAUCCCCCCUCUCCAACAAUAGAAGGCAGAGUUGUAUGUGAAGAAAGUUUCUCACUUUCUAUGAUGCAAAGUGGCAAGAAGUAAUUCAUUCUCAAGUUGAAGAGGAUGAUUUUGAAAUUAUGAUUAUUGCUGUAGUGUCCAGACCAUGGAAUGAAGUAAAUCACAAUAAGUUUGUUUGUAAAUUAUGUUCCUUUUGUCUGAAGAGGUUUUAUUGUUGAUGGACUCUUACAUAAUAUUUGAUCCUAUGUUGAUAUAAUUGUAACUCUAAUGCAGAUCUCCUCUCCCUAUGAAAUGGAAUAGACUAGAAUGAAAUAAAAAUGAUUAUAGGUUUUUA